AUGUUUAUCGCCUUUUUCCCUAUCUUGGUGGAUAUCAUCGGCCAUAUUGGCUGGAUCAAGUCCAUAAAGUUCUCUAUGCCUUUCUUCCUGUUAGCUGUUGGCAGUACACUACUUGCCUGGGUGUCAAUGGUAGCAUUUAUCCGGCGCAAGUUGGUCUUGUGGUCCGAUGGAGAUCCCAAAGAUGAGAAAACGUUACUGGGUAGACCUCAACUCUAUCCAGCACGUCUAACACAUGCUCGCUUCUUCCCGGAGAAGUACCAUUACUGGAUCAAUUACUUCCUCGUUGGGGUUCCCGUUGGACUUCGUGGUCGUGUUGGGAGUGUGGUUUCCAUCGAAAGUGAUCAGCAUAUCCCAGUCACAAAUCCCGUCUGCACUUUUGUGAAAAGAAUCUUUCGGAUUCCACUUUGGUUUAGAAUUGAUACUAGUUGGUAUCUUCAUCGUGGAGAUGGGCAUCUGACCUUGGCCGCAAAACUAGUGCACUUUUUGAAAGAACGGGGCGAGGAUCCAAACCAAUAUCCUUAUGCAUAUCUCAUCAGCAUCCCCCAGUUUCUCUGGUGGACCAAAAGCCCGAUCUCGUAUUGGUAUCUCUACUCGCCUCUCAAAGAGCUUAGUGGAAUCAUCAUGGAAAUCAACAACUCAUACGGCGAAAAGAAGAACGCGUUCUGCCGAUUAACCAAGGAAGACUCUUCCUCUUAUGAGAAAGCCGUACCCUGCGAGGUUUUCAGCACGGCUUUAGGAAAGGGACCUCAUGGCGAUCAACUCAUUCGAUUCACAUCAUCGGCUCCUACUGCCAAAUACUACAAAGGCACCUGGGAGAAAGACAUAUUUGCGUCGCCUUUCGAGAAAGUUGAAGGCGAAUUUGCCCAUCGAUUCAUGGACCCGUUGCAUCCAGCACCUGAAAAAGGUGGCCCACUGCACUCUAACAUGACUCUUAUUAGCAUCGACGGCAAGCCCAAGAUUUCCAGCCGUCUUUUUUCUGUUGCUCCACCAAUUGACCCUCUUUCGGCAUCAUCCCGGGAGCUGAUGAGCUUCCUUCUCAGUUGGUCAUUUGUUGUGCCAGUAUCGAUUGGUCGGAUUGUGGUCGAGGCACUUCGUAUUCGAUUCAGAGGUAACCUGCCUUAUUUGAACAAACCGGACGUGAAGAAGGGAAACAUCCCUCGUAAUGCCUCAGAAACAGAGAGAGAUUUGGAACCUUUCUUUCGGCUGUACCUCUCUCACCUUGUUGAGACAUGCCGUUUCCCUUUGGAGGUGAUUUAUACACCGGCCAAAUCACUACAUCUCCACCCCAUGUCAAUGCAUUCCCAAGUGAAAACUUACACUUCUGCACCUCCCCCCACCCUCCAAAUACAGCCUCUCACGCCUCAGUUCUAUACGAAUAUUCUGAAAUACCCGGAUGCCACAACUGGGGUUUUCUCCGAAAUGGAGCACAUACCCCAAGCCUGUGAUCCGGAGUCCCAGCGCCUAUGGGCAUCAGAUCCAGCGAUGUUGCAGAGAUUGAUUGAAUCGAAAAUAGACCCGCCCAAUGCCAAGGUAGUCCAAAACCCCUCGGCUUCAGUCCCCGCUGAGCUUCCGGUCUAUCCCGCAAGCAAUCCACUACGGCAAACGAAGUCGGAGAUGAGGACGUUUAUGGAUGCUUUUACAGAUUCCAACUGCCCCCAAGGCAUGCGCAGGAGAUAUCGGGUCGCACGGACCUAUUGCUACCUGACAGAGAAGUUUGCGUGGGGGUCUUACAAAUUGGCUGCUGUUUACGAGUUUCUGCUGCGCACGGUAGUCUUGGAGCUAUAUUGGACGGGUCUGUGGUGGAUGUUGUGCGACCUUCCAGUAGCACGGUACGAGAACGCUUUAAUAGUGUCAGGAGUAUAUUUUGUGGGGGUUCGAGUAUGGACGGCCCUGAGUGGUUAUUUCUAUAGUUAG